AUGCUACGACUAUUAAUUCUUCUUUUAUUAACAAUAACUGUUGCCAAUGCAAUCGAAUGUUAUUCUGGAUCUGAUCUUCGUGUUAUAAAUUGUCCUUCAAUGUCAUGUAUCAAACAAACACUCGGUUUAGACACGGUUAGUUCGAUUAUUAUGUGCUUAUUUAUUUAUUUGUUACAUCUAUAUGUUUUUAUUUGUUGUCAUAGAUUAGACACGCUUUCUGAAUUUCGACCAAUUCACAAGGUCAUCAUUUUCUUCUUUAAGGAAUAGUGGAACAAAAUUUCAAAGGGACAGUGACCCCACAAAAAGUGCGCGAAAAUUAUACUCUUCCCAUUCUGGCUAAUUAUUAUAUAGAUUUUCUGGGAAAGGAGAAGGGGGAACGGCUAAUUACACACCAGGUGUCAUCAAAUCUGGUUUUUUUUUGACUUCUGACUUUUCUAACAAGAAGAAUAUAUGUAAAAUAUGGGGUUGUUAUCUUGGAUUUCUGCCAGUCAAAAAAGUUUUCCUGGGUGGUCUCGAGGGGGAUUAACAGGUUUUUGAUGUUGAACUGAAUUGUCAAAAAAAUGUUUCUGAGAAGCUAAACUAUUUUUCAGAAAGUGAAUAAAAAUUGAAUCUGACAAGAAUAAUUUGUUUCAGGUUCGAUAUUGUGAUGGAACUGGUGUGUCUUCAAUUUGCCAAACCUACCGUAUUGUUGAAACUUGUGAUACAAUUCCAAAUCUUGGAUAUAUUUGUUGUUGUGGUGGAGAUCUUUGUAAUUCUUCACGAACUUUAUUUUCAACUUUCGUUCCUUUUAUUUUAGCUUUUCUUAUUUCCUUAUUUUAA